AUGACCCAUCGCUCUGAGUGGGACUCUGAUUGUGAAAUUAUAUGGACACAGUGUCAGUUGGCUGGAAUAAGAACUGCAAAAUCUAUCUACUUCGGGUUUUACUAUCGACCAAAUAUAUCUGAUAUGAAAAGUCUUGAAGAGCUAAAUACAUCGUUAUUGAAAAUGGGAGCUGCUUUACAUAAGAACAAUGUAAUCCUCACUGGCGAUUUCAAUGCACCAGACGUCAAUUGGGAUAAUAAUCCACUCGGCCAAGACGAUUUAACUACAGCGUCUAAAAGGCUCCUGGAGGUACUUGAUGACAAUGACUUAAUCCAGUUUGUCAAAGAGCCGACUAGGCGACAAGGGACCACUCAAAAUAUCUUGGACCUCGUCUUAUCGAAUAAUAAGGAUAUUAUCGGCGGAGUCAAAGUCAUCGAUGGUAUAAGUGACCAUGAUAUUGUCCUAUGUACUGUCAAGACAUCCUGCCAGCAGAAACGAAAUGUUAAACGUAAAGUUUACAUUAAGAAGAAAGCUGAUUCUGCUCGUAUCAAGCAAGAGCUGCAAACAUUAAUUACGACUCAGCAUCAGGAACCUAAUUCAAGCGAUGUGUCAGUUGACAAGAUGUGGGCGGACUUUGAAGGAAAUAUCCGACGUAUAAUGGAUACCUCACAAAAUGUCCAGCUCAAGAUACAACCUCCCCUGGUUCAACCGCUUACUUAG